AUGGACUACUCGUUGCAGAACCACCGCUCCUUCAUUGGCUCCAAGGUCACAGACCUGCCUACGCCUUCCUUUGUGCUCAGUUUGCCAACAAUCAAGAAGAAUAUUGAGAGACUGCAUCAAGAUGUUGAGAAGGCCGGGGUUACACUAAGACCUCAUGUCAAGACUCUAAAGAGUCUGGGAAUCACACGUUUGAUGCUUGGCAAUGGCAAGUUCAAGAAGACUGUGGCAUCCACAUUAUCGGAAAUCCGUGGGUUACUACCCUUGGUAGAAGAGGGAAUCCUCGAGGAGGUGCUAUAUGGGCUUCCUCCCCCGGCAAGCACCAUUCCCCUGUUGGAAGACUUACGCAAGUCCAUCAAGAUACAGCUCAUGAUCGACCAUGAGAAGCAACUCAUUCUGUUGGAGGACUUUGCCGACAAGAACACGCAAAGCACAACCAGGCCCUGGGACAUCUACAUCAAGCUCGACGUGGGUAGCAAACGCGCCGGUCUCCCCCUGGACAGCGAACGUCUACAAAAGUUGAUUCAACGCGUCAGCAACUCGUCCGCCGUCACUCUCAACGGUUUCUAUUGCCAUGCAGGCCACUCUUACGGAUGCCGCACGCCACAAGAAGUAGAAGAUCUCCUCGCGGUCGAGAUCAACAGCGUCCUGAGCGCCGCAAAGCUAGUCACCGGCGACCGAAAACUCACCGUAUCAGUGGGGGCUACGCCAACGGCCCAUGUUGUCGGCACUCUCAAGGCAGCGAUCCCCGAGAAUGUCACAUUGGAGCUGCACGCCGGAAACUUUCCGACAAAUGACCUGCAGCAAGUCGCGACCAGCGUCAUCGGCGCCAAAGACCAGGCCAUUCGCGUCCUCUCCGAGGUCUGCAGCGUGUACCCGGAGCGCAACGAGGCCCUCAUCAACGCCGGGACGAUUGCCUUGUCCAAGGAGGCGGGCCCGGACCCGGGCUACGGCAAAGUGGUGGGCAAGCCCGACUGGGCUGUUGUUCGAAUGUCGCAGGAGCAUGGUAUCCUGGGCGAGGUACAGGCACCGGGUUCCAAGACUGCUGAACCGGGCAGAGAUGUGGAGGCGAAUUUCGAUGUGGGGGAUAAGAUCUUGCUCCACGUCCAGCAUGCUUGCAUCACUGCCGCGGCCUUUUAUGUGUAUUACGUUGUGGAUGAAAAUGAUGUCGUGAUAGACACCUGGGUUCCGUGGAAGGGGUGGUGA